UGACAGUAUAGAACGGCAAGUCUGCUUACGCUUCCUCCUGUCGUCUUCAGUCCUUCUCUUUGUGUGGCGCGCGGAAGUUACGCAAGAGUUGGGAACUUGGGAUGCAUCCGGAAUUUUAUUUCUCAUCUUAAUCUCCUUUCUCCUUUCUCAAAUCUAAACCCUACAGAAUAUGUUUCGUGAUUUUCGUCAAUUUCGACCCAAAAAAGGGGAAAGGAUUACUACUAAUGAAGUGAAAGAAGGAAAGAUCUUUCCUUUUUCCUCUCCUGGAUUAGCGAUUGUUAAACAAAAGCAGGAACAGUAGAACAGUGAGUAAUUAUGGCUUCUUCUCAAAGCAAUUUGCACUCUGAACCUGCGAAAAUCGAGCAGAUAAUUACUGAGUUCUUUGCCAAGAGUCUGCACAUUAUAAUCGAGUCGAGGUCUCCUUGUGUGUCUUCGAGGAAUUACAGCGGAGAACAGACUUUGUCGUCUCCGUCUCCGUCGUCGUCCUUGUCUUCGUCAUCGAGUAUCAGGACGCGGGAUAAAUGGUUCAACUUAGCUCUUCGCGAUUGCCCAGAGGCAUUGGAGAACGGUGAUCUCUGGCGGCAGAGCAACCUCGAACCGAUGGUGGUCGACGUGAUUUUGGUCCAGAGACAGACCGAUUGGGAUGUUAACCGCUGUUCUCCAAAACGGGAUCUUGUGAGGAACCUGUCUUUGAAAGAGAGGUUUCCGAAUUGUUGGAAUUCUGGACAGGAAGACUAUCCGCAGGAGAUGAAGAGUGAAAAGAUCAUAGAGAGAUGGGUUGUGCAGUACGAGAGUCGAAGAAGUAGGGAUUCUUCAAGCUCGGGAAGCAAGAGAACAGGCGGUACUAAUUCCCACUCAUUGUAUAAGAAAUCGCUUAUACUGUUAAGGUCUUUGUAUCUGACCGUUAGGCUCUUACCUGCUUAUAAGGUUUUCAGAGAGCUCAAUUCCUCUGGCCAAAUCCGCUCAUUUAGCCUUGCACAUAGGGUGUGUUCCUUUGUUGAACCCUUCACACGUGGCGAGGAAGCAGAAAUGCAGAAGUUCGUGUUUGGGUCUGUGGAUAUUUCUUGCGGCAGGCUUUCCCUUUCUGUUUUGUAUCAUCCAACGCUUUCAACUGUAGGCUUAGAACCUUCAACGCCAUUGUCCCCGCAGUUCAUACCAGACUAUGUAGGGAGCCCAACGACUGAUCCUCUAAAAAGGUUCCCUUCUCCUCUAAUUGGAUUGACACCGCAUGGUUCUGCUGCAUUUGCUCGGCGGCAUAGUUGGAGUUAUGACCUUUUUAAAGCUUCUGCACCUUCAGGGUCUCCUUCACCUUCACCCACUUACUCAGAACCUCAUGCGUUACCUUCUAACUCAAAUUCCAAUCGGCUCCCACCUUUGAGCUUUCCUCGCCAUCCACCUGAAACUCCUAUUUCUCAUAAGAACGCUAGUUUUGAUGAGUAUUGGCCAUCACCUACUAUGUCUGCAUCUCCUUCCCCAUCCCCACCGACCCACUAUCCUGGUAGUCAUUUGUCCAAGGUUCUUCUUCGCUCCGAAAGUGCUCCGGUCAGCAUACCCGCAGCUAAGCUUGGUAGGAGCCCAGGAGUGCCCAACAGUCACAUCCUGCCUCCAUCUCCUUCCCCUAAAAACACGAGACCUGGUUCUUCUCAGAUUGACAAUGCUAGAACUCCAAUGAAGUUUGGAGAGGUUCAAGUCGGCAGUUCCAUUCAUAAGAUGUCCUUUGGAAAAGAUGAGGCUGGAAAUCUGUCUGGAGCAAAGAUAUCAUCGAAUAGUUCACCUCGGAUUUCAUUUUCCCGAAGCUCCAGUAGAUUGUCUUUUCAGGAUGAUUUUGAUGAUUCUGAUUUUUGUCCGUUUGCAGUCGAUGACGAUGAUAUAGUAGAUCCACAUACCAGAGCUGAAUCUUUUGAUGGGAAAGGAAAUCUUAACGAACCUUUUGAAUCUGGAGGACUAUUGCCUGCCAAAAAAUCCCAAGAUGCUGCUGUUGGUGUUCUUGUACAGAUGCUAAAGACAGCUCCACCUCUCCGCCAUGACUUCUCCAACUCAAUUAGAGCGUCACAAGCCUCUAAGCCUGAAACCCAGAGCAAAAGCAUCCAAGAGCCAGAUAGACGCUCCAACUCUGAGGCAGGAGUAGUUCAGAAUGCUUCGUCCUAUGAAAGUCUCACAUCUUCUGGACUUCUCAUGUCGAAGACAACUGCCGAUGCUUUGGAGGAGCUCCGGAGUUACAGAGAAAUGAAGGAUUUGCUGCUUAGCCAAGGUAGUGCCUCGCAAGCAUUAGCCAGUGAUGUUCCUGCAGCAGAAACUGUGAACAGAGGCACAAAGGAACUUUGAGCCCUUGUAGGCAUGGAUCCUUGCACACGUCUAGUGUUCGCUUCCAGUUUUUUAUUCAUACAGGAACGAUGUUUGUUUAGAAACUCACAAAUUUCCGUUUAACUGAUCUGUAAGAAAAUGUAUAUGCUGGCAUAGUAGAGUCCAUAAUAGCAGGAUUGGUUCUUGUUCACUUCCUAUUAUGUAUAUAGGACACUUCUCUCAUAAAUGAUGUUUGGCUGUUAA